AUGAGUGAACCACAAACAACGGCAAAAAUACGGCUGCAUUCAUCCAAGGGCACGAUUGACGUGGAGCUUUGGGCCAGAGAGAUACCCAAGACGUCACGAUGGGUGAUUCAAGCCGCAGCUGCCAAUGGCUUCAAAGAUACCGAGUUUUGGGGCGCGUCUGAAGAGACUGUUCAGUUUGCCGAACAGUUGAGACCAGCGCAGUCAAAACCUGAGAUACACAGCAGAUUAAGGUUCAAUAGAAGGGGACUAGUUGGUGUGCGACAUGGUGCUGAUGGCGGAUUAUUCAUGACCCUUGGACCGGCACCGGCUUUGACUGGGAAAGCCACUGUGCUUGGCCGAAUUGUUGGCGACGGAAACUACGUUGUGGCGGCAAUUGGAGCUGCAGAUCUUACUAAUGGUAGGUUCACGUAUCCCACGAAGAUCUCAAAAUCUGAGGCUCUGGUGGAGUUCUUCGAAGAUAUCGUGCCGGAGACCAGCAAGGCAGAAUCGGACUUGCUAGAGUCACCAAUGCCCGUAACCAAGACUACCACUACGAAGAAGCCAAAAGUGGUGGUCAGCUUUGAUGAUGAGGAAGACGACUCAGAUGUUGGUUUGGAUAUCAGAAUGCAAUCUGCACACGAGCUGUUGAGUGACAGAGGAAUGAUUAGCAGCAAGCUGCAGAGCCCAUCACCAGGAUCUGAAGUGCCUUCGCUAGCAGAUUCUGUUGAAACAGCGAAUGGGUCCAGCCAAUCAGAUGUGGAGCCAAUGCGGGCUAAACGGACUAGAUCGGCGUCAAGUGAUUCCGCCCCAGAAAAGAGAAGGAGCAAGACGAAGGAGGAACGUGAUUUGGAGACGUUGGAAAUGCUGAAAGCUUUUCAGAGUCGAGCGAAAUCGCGAUGGCUUGAUGAUGUGGAUACGAGUGAGAAGGAGUGA